UAUUGUUUGUAUUAAACAAUGUUGACGUUCAGAAAAUGUUCAUAUCUCUUCUAACAAACUGGCGUAUUCUUAAAUGUUAGAUAUUUAAAAAAAAUUGUUAAAAUACAACAAUGUCUGAGACUGAAGAUAUCGAUUCGUGUGAUUUUGCAAAUAUUUUAGAAAUGAAUCCUUGCUCAGUCCCUGAACCAGAGCAAUUGGCGCUUCUUCCUCCGAAUCAUCCGCUCCUGCGCAAAUUCCAAGACUCUCUAGAGGGUCACUUAUUAAGCACCAAGUAUGACAUAGAAAACGAAAUUGCAGAAAUCAAAUAUCAAGUUAAACUAAAAGAACAACGAAGACAAGAGCAGGGGCUAGCUUUAUAUGACAUGCAAUUAAAAAUGAGAUUUCAAGAAGAGCAAAUUAUCGACAUUUCUGCUGUAAUUGAAAGGCAUUUAAAAAAUCGCCAAAUAGAAGAAAUUAGUGUAAGAACUUUAAAAAAGGAGUACGAAGAAAAAAGUAAACUAACCAAAUCACAAAAAGCUCUUUAUCAUGAUAGAAUGGCUGAACUGGAAGAUUUGCAAAGUUUAGGUAGUAAUAUCAAAAAAUGGACUCAUAAUAUAGAAGAUGAAGUAAAAAAUGCUAUGCGCAUUGUUAGUAGAGACGCACAGCUCCAAAACCAGGUAACUCAACAAAAACUAAAGUCGGAUAUACUCUUUUAUCGGUUGGAUAUGGAAGUUAAAAAGAGAGAGAAAGAAUUAGAUUUAAUUUGUAAAGAAGGUGCAGCAAUGAAAGAGGUGGUCAAUAUUCUAAAUAUGAGCAUAGCUAAUGCCAAUACAGACUUGGAGGUUUUGCAAAAUGAACAUAAGCGUCUAACACAAACAUGGAGCGAGGUUAUUAUAGCUAUUCAGUUAAGAGACAACAUCUUAUUUCAAGCUCAAGAUACUAUACGUAAACACAAUGAAUCGAUAAAACUAAAUUUGGCCGGAAUAGAAGCAAUUAAGAAACAAAUUGGAAAAGAAAUGGAACUUAAUAGAAAGCUAGAGUCAUUUAAGCUACGACUGUCUGAUGAUACUAAUAUAUUAAAAAAAGACUGUGACAAUCAAAACGAAACUCUUGUCCGCCUGCAAAUAAAACUAGAUGAGGUGCCAGAGUUAUUGACUACGACGGAAUCCGAUCUGCAGGAAUCAAUGCGAGAGGGUAUGCGACUUGUAUCUGAAACCCGUAAGCUGGACUUUACGUUUGAAAAAUGUCAGAACAAAAAAAUGUGCUCGGAGAACACCAUAUUAAAGUUGGUGCAAGAUCACCUAAUUACCGACAAGGCAACCGCUUACCGUUUAAAACUACUAAAUAAAUGCCAGGAACGGCGUCGUAAUGUAGAUUUAUCAUUGUCAAAAGUGCAAAAUCAAUUGGCAUCAGCAAUGCUGGAGGUAGAAAAACUUAGAUGUGUAGUCUUUAGUGCAAGAACAUAUAAUGAAAGUAUAAAAAAUAAAUUAAACAAAUUUGAAAAAAAAUCAUACACGCUUGAAAAUGACUUAAAGAAUAUGUACAUUCAAAUAGAAGUUAAAAUGAAAUUGUAUGAAAAGGUCACCUAUAAAUUGGAAGAAAUGGAAAAAUUUGUUGGCGGUACAUCUGGAAGUCCUACCAAUUUAAAGAUUAAACAAAUUGAAAAAACUAUUCAUGCAGGGGAGCUGCAAAUUCGUGAGCAUCAACAGUUUUGGAUAAUGUUGCAAAAUCACUUUGUUAAUCUGUCCCAAAAAAGAAAUGACCAGCUAAAUGAAAUUCAAGUUACUCGAAAACAACUUUCAAUUAUUAAUCAAAAGUCUCUUAAAAUUGAUCAAGAGCUGGAAUUAUCGCAAAGAAAGUCAAAAGAAUUACAGUUAUUGAUAAAGAGCUAUACAUCAAAAUUGGAACUACUUAAUGAAAAAAUAUACAAAAAAAGAAUACACCAUGAUAUUGAAGAAACUGAUUUCGAGCACGAGCAGGCUGAACAAACCCAGACACUUAAAGUUGCAGAGCUCGGAAUACUACAGUUGGAAGGAACAAUUAAUGAGAUACAAAACGAAAUUGAGCUUCAAAAAGAUUUCGUUAUAGAUUGCCAUAGAGAAACAUUAUCUUGGGAAACUAAAUAUAAACUGCUUGAGGAAACUAUAGAGUGGUCCAAAUUAGAGCGAUCUGUAAAAGGAGAAAUCGGACAGAUGAAAACAGAAAUACAUCGCAUGACUAUAAGAUAUGCUCAACUUAAACGAGCACAGGAAAGUCUUGUUAUAGAUUUAGAUCACUGCGUUAUGCACCGGGAACAAAUAUUUGUCAAUGCAUCAGUGAAAGAACACCUACAAACCAAAAUAAAAAAAUUAAAAACUGUUUCUUAUAUUCAGAUCAGUCUUGAUGAAGUUUAUAGUAGAACUAAACUCAUAAGUAAUGAAAUUAAGUUAUUGUCGGAAAAACAGUUAAUUGAUGAUGCUACUAAAAUUGAGCGCAUGAUGUACAUGCUACGAAGAAUUGAAACUGAUCUUCAAGAAAUACUAAAGGAUGAUGCUAGCAUUCAGGAUCGAAUCGAAGAAGGAAUAUUAGCUAAACAUGGCAAUUUGGAGCAAAUAAUACGAAAACAGUUAAGAGCAAAAGCUUAUCGAAGACUGAAUUUAUUAAAAUCACAGCAGAAAAUGGUUCGAUCAGAAAUGGCAGUUCAACAAAUAUCACAAAAGCAAUGCGAGCUCAAUGAAAAUCUUACGGAAAUUACCCAAAAUUUAUUACAAGGAUUUCCUAAUAUCAAAACAUUUUUAACGAAAAUACUUCACGUUUUAAAGGACUAACCUAAAAUGUAUGAAUUUGUAUAUUGAGCUAAAAAAAAAAAUAGCAUAGAAACCAAAUUGUUUAUCGUUUAAGCAGUGAAAAAGCAAAUAAAACAAAAUUUGGUUUUAAUUUUCUGCAAACAGA